CUCUCUCUCUCUCUCUGAGCUCUCCUUCUGCAUUAAUCCAGUCUAGCCCCCUUCUCUCUCUCCUCCCCGUUCACUCCCCUACCCUUGGCUGGCAGACCGACUGACGCACCACUGUGUACCAGGCCCUGUUGUUCGAACCCACCCAGCCAUAGCCCUGACUGGGGUGGUCUAGCUCUCGCCGUUUUUCUCUAUUGCUCGAGGCGGAUACUCCCUGCAUGGAUACUCUGAGGGAGGCUGUUAGCUGAUAUUAACGGAAGGAAAAAUAUCAAGGAGGAACCCACUGCGGUUGUUGAAUUCGAGGUGGUUUGGUGUCAGGUGUCUACCUGGCGACAAGCCCCUCCCCUCCUGACUGAACUCCUCUAUAAACACGUCGCCCCCCCCCCCACUGACAGGAAGCAUGGCGGGGGCUUCAGUGAAAGUGGCAGUCCGGGUCCGUCCCUUCAACUCUCGAGAGAUCGGGAAGGAGAGCAAGUGCAUCAUCCAGAUGACAGGGAACACCACAACGAUCCUAAACCCCAAACAGCCGAAGGAGAACAAGAGCUUCAACUUCGACUACUCCUACUGGUCACAUACCACGCCGGACGACAUCAACUAUCAUUCACAGAAGCAGGUGUACAAAGACAUUGGAGAGGAGAUGUUGCUGCAUGCCUUUGAGGGCUACAACGUGUGUAUCUUUGCAUAUGGCCAGACUGGAUCUGGGAAGAGCUAUACCAUGAUGGGCAAGCAGGACCAGAAGGACCAGCAAGGCAUUAUCCCUCUGCUGUGUGAGGACCUCUUCACCAAGAUCAGUGACAGCAAUACCGACAACAGCUUGUCCUACUCCGUAGAGGUGAGCUACAUGGAGAUCUACUGUGAGCGUGUGCGUGACCUGCUGAACCCAAAGAACAAAGGGAACCUGCGUGUGAGAGAGCACCCCCUGAUGGGGCCCUACGUGGAGGACCUGUCGAAACUGGCCGUCACCUCCUACAACGACAUCCAGGACCUGAUGGAGUCUGGCAACAAGGCCAGGACGGUGGCAGCCACCAACAUGAACGAGACCAGCAGCCGCUCUCACGCUGUCUUCAACAUCAUCUUCACUCAGAAGAAACACGACAUGGAGUCAGAGAACACGUCUGAGAAGGUGAGCAAGAUCAGCCUGGUGGAUCUGGCUGGGAGUGAGAGAGCUGACUCUACCGGAGCCAAAGGAACCAGGCUGAAGGAAGGAGCAAAUAUCAACAAAUCUCUAACUACACUGGGAAAAGUCAUCUCUGCUUUAGCUGAAGUGGACUCCGCACCAAAUAAGAACAAGAAGAAGAAGAAGGUGGAGAGCCAUAUCCCUUACAGAGACUCAGUGCUGACCUGGCUACUGAGAGAGAACCUGGGAGGUAACUCUCGCACCGCCAUGGUGGCAGCCCUCAGCCCUGCUGAUAUCAACUAUGACGAGACCCUGAGCACCCUCAGGUAUGCAGACCGCGCUAAGCAGAUCCGCUGUAACGCUGUUAUCAACGAGGACCCCAACAACCGUCUGGUGCGUGAGUUGAAGGAGGAGGUGUGUCGCCUCAAGGACCUCCUCUUUGCUCAGGGUCUGGGAGAUAUCAUAGACACGUAUCGAUGUCCUGGUCCUGUGAUAGCUGGUUUGAAAACCUUUCAGCCUGGAGAUUAUACUGCAAACUUGUGUGAUUACAACAACCUUGUCAAUAAACGCCAGGCUGUCAAUCAAAUGGGUGAUCUAUCCACAGUGACCAAUGCCAUGACUGGGAUGAGCCCCUCCCCCUCACUCUCUGCUCUGUCCAGCCGCGCGGGCUCCAUGGCAAACCUACACGACCGCAUCUUCAGCCCCGCCUCCGAGGAGGCCAUAGAGAGACUCAAGGAAACAGAGAAAAUCAUUGCAGAGCUCAAUGAAACAUGGGAGGAGAAGUUGCGCCGUACUGAAGAUAUCCGGAUGCAGAGGGAAGCCCUACUGGCUGAGAUGGGUGUGGCCAUGAGAGAAGAUGGAGGCACCGUGGGCGUGUUCUCCCCCAAGAAGACCCCUCACCUGGUGAACCUAAACGAGGACCCGUUGAUGUCUGAGUGCUUACUCUACUACAUCAAAGAUGGGACCACCAAGGUGGGUCGUGAGGACGCUAGAAGUCGCCAGGACAUCGUUCUCAGCGGCCAUUUUAUCCAGGAUGAGCACUGCACCUUCAGCAGCACCACAGGCCCCGGGGGAGAAGGGAACGUCUUCCUGGAGCCCUGCGAGGGGGCGGAGAUCUAUGUCAACGGGAAACUGGUGACCAUGCCUACUCUGCUUCGCUCAGGGAACCGCAUUAUCAUGGGGAAGAGCCACGUGUUCCGCUUCAAUGACCCGGAGCAGGCGCGGCAGGAGCGGGAGAGGACGCCCUUCGCUGAGACCCCCGUGGAGCCCGUGGACUGGGCCUUCGCCCAGAGAGAGCUGCUGGAAAAACAGGGCAUCGACAUGAAGCAGGAGAUGGAGUCAAGGCUUCAAGAGUUAGAAGAUCAGUACCGCAGAGAACGAGAGGAGGCCAGUAACCUUCUGGAACAACAGAGACUGGACUAUGAGAGUAAACUGGAGGCCCUGCAGAAACAGGUGGACAGAAACUCCCGUUGCCUGGAGCCCCCAGAGGAAGAGGAGGAGCCUGAGGAGGAAGUUUUUCCCAUAGUUCCAUGGACCAAGUGUGAGACGGAGCUUGCACUGUGGGCAUUCCGUAAGUGGCGUUUCUACCAGUUUACCUCCCUCAGGGACCUGCUGUGGGGAAACGCCAUCUUCCUCAAGGAAGCCAACGCCAUCAGUGUGGAGCUCAAGAAGAAGGUCCAGUUCCAGUUUGUGCUGCUGACCGACACUCUGUACUCCCCACUGCCCCCGGACCUGCUGCCCCCCAGCGUGACCAAGGAGAGGGAGAGACAGCCCUUCCCCAGCACCAUCGUAGCAGUGGACAUCCAGGACCAGAAGAACGGGGCCACACACUACUGGACCCUGGAGAAACUCCGGCAGAGGCUGGACCUGAUGAGGGAGAUGUACGACCGUGCGGCGGAGGUGCCCAGCAGCACUGUGGAGGACUGUGACCAGGCCCUGACCGGGGGAGACCCCUUCUAUGACCGCUUCCCAUGGUUCCGUCUGGUGGGCAGGGCCUUUGUGUACCUGAGUAACCUGCUGUACCCCGUGCCCCUGGUGCACCGUGUGGCCAUCGUCAGUGAGAAGGGAGAGGUGAAGGGCUUCCUCAGGGUGGCAGUGCAGGCCAUCUCAGCUGAUGAAGAAGCCCCUGACUACGGCUCUGGUGUCAGACAGUCAGGAACUGCCAAGAUCUCCUUUGAGGACCAACAGUUUGAGAAGGUAGAAUCAUUCCAGACAGAGUCGUGUUCUGGCAGCAUGUCUCACUCUAACACCUCCCAAGAGGAGCUCCGCUUUGUUGAGGGGGAGGGACAGACCUCUGACAUAGGAGCUGACCCUGACGAGGUCAACAACAACACCUGUACUGACUUGUCCCCCGUCACAGCUACUCCUGAGGCCCCUCAGAGCCCGUUGAAGGGGGUUCUGGGUCUGGAACUACCCCUGGAGCUGAACCAGGAGAAGGCCCUGUCCCACCUCCGCAUCGGAUCCACUUUCACCUUCAGGGUCACCGUGCUGCAAGCCUCCAGCAUCUCUGCCGAAUAUGCCGAUAUCUUCUGCCAGUUCAACUUCAUCCACCGACAUGACGAGGCCUUCUCCACUGAGCCACUGAAGAACACAGGCAGGGGACCUCCUCUGGGAUUCUACCAUGUACAAAAUAUCACGGUAGAGGUCACCAAGUCGUUUGUGGAGUACAUCAAGACCCAGCCCAUCGUCUUCGAGGUGUUUGGUCACUACCAGAAGCAGCCGUUCCCACCUCUCUGCAAAGACCUCAUCAGUUCUCACUUUUUUUACAGUCCCCUUCGACCUUCUAGGAGGCAAUUCCCGAGGGUCAUGCCCUUGUCUAAACCAGUGCCGGCCACCAAGCUAAACACCUUGACCCGCUCCAUGGCAGGCCCAUGUCACUCCAAAUAUGACCUCAUGGCCUUCUUUGAGAUCUGUGAGCUGGAGGCCAAUGGAGACUAUAUCCCUUCAGUGGUGGACCACAGAGGUGGCAUGCCUUGCCAUGGAACCUUCCUCCUUCACCAGGGCAUCCAGAGGAGGAUCACAGUUACCAUAGCACACGAGACAGGAAAUGACGUAGAGUGGAAGGAGGUCAAGGAGCUGGUGGUGGGGCGUAUCCGGAAUACUCCUGAGGCUGACGAGACCAUCAUUGACCCAAACAUCCUCUCCCUCAACAUCUUGUCUGCAGGCUACGUCUGGCCCUCGUAUGACGACAAUGUUUCCCUGGGAGUUGACCAUAGGACGUUUUACCGGUUCGAGGCAGCGUGGGACAGCUCCAUGCACAACUCCCUCCUUCUGAACCGAGUCACUCCCUAUGGAGAGAAGAUCUACAUCACCCUCUCAGCCUACCUAGAGAUGGAGAACUGCGCCCAGCCGACGGUGAUCACCAAAGACUUCUGUAUGGUGUUCUACUCCCGUGACGCCAAGCUCCCUGCCUCUCGCUCCAUUAGAAACCUUUUCAGCACCGGCUGCCUAAGGCCCUCAGAGAGUAACCGUGUCACUGGAGUGUAUGAAGUCAGUCUCUGCCAUGUCGCUGAUGCCGGAAGUCCAGGCAUGCAGCGGCGGCGCAGGCGCGUCUUGGACACCUCAGUGGCGUACGUCCGUGGAGAGGAGAACCUGGCUGGGUGGAGGCCCCGUAGCGACAGCCUCAUCCUGGACCACCAGUGGGAGCUGGAGAAACUCAGCCUGCUGCAGGAGGUAGAGAAGACCAGGCACUACCUGCUGCUGCGGGAGAAACUAGAGGCCACCCUGGCCGCGGGGCAGGACGCGCUCUGCAAGAGUGGUGACAUCAGCGACUUUGCUAAGAGCCCCAUCCUCAGCUACAGCCCCGGGGGCAGUCCCGCCCUGGAAAGCCCCAGCCAGAGGCAAAGGGAGCUGGCUGCCAAGUGUCUGCGGUUGCUCAUGCACACCUUCAACAGGGAGUACAGCCAGGUGAGCAGCAGUGCCAGUGAGAGCAAGCUGUCUGAGAUGUCAGCGUCGCUGAUGUCACCGUCCUCUUCUGCUCUGAGCACGCUAACGCCGUCCUCUACUUGCCCCUCAUUGGUGGAGGGACAUUAUGACUUCAGGCACAUUGAGCCCAGCUCUGGAGCUUCAACCCCAGACCUGGACCCCUUCAGCCCUGUAGAUAGGAAGAGGAUCCCGGGUAGAGGCUGCACUUUCGUCCCUGACAUCCAGGAGAUCCGCGUCAGCCCCAUCGUGUCGAAGAAAGGCUACCUGCACUUCCUGGAGCCCCACACCAGUGGCUGGGUGAAGCGCUACGUGGUGGUACGCCGGCCCUACGUCUACCUGUACCGCAACGAGAGGGACAAUGUGGAGCGCGCUGUCAUCAACCUCUCCUCUGCCCAGGUGGAAUACAGCGAGGACAAGCAGACUCUGCUCCGGACUCCAAACACAUUUGCAGUGUGUACCGAGCAUCGUGGAAUACUCCUCCAGGCCAGUAAUGACAAGGAGAUGCACGACUGGCUGUAUGCUUUUAACCCCCUGCUCGCCGGAACUAUCAGGUCUAAGCUCUCCAGAAGAAAGUCAGGCCCAAGGAUGUGAGAGAGAGGAACACACACGGGAGGGGAGGAGGGGGGGGGAGAAAAAAUAAAACAAAAACACAAUCUCAAAGCUCCACUGACCCUCUCCUGUAUACAGCUCAUCUAAACAGCUCUCCCUGUCCUAACAGUGCUCCAUCCUGUCGCUGAUACUUCCCCAAAUGGCACUUAAAACCAUCCCAGCUGAAGCCUCUUCCUGGUUACCUGGAACACGCACAGUUUAAACUACCCAUCAAACACCCUUAAUACCCAUGUAAGACUUAACUAACAACCUGACCCUGUGUAGUGGGGCUUACCCCUGCUGGCUGUAUUGUGCCUGGUUGUGACACGCCCCAUUGUCAUGUGCACGUAAACUUUACCGUUAUCUAACAUGCUAACAGUCCCCAUAGGGUUUAUCCAAACAAAGAGAAACGUUAUAGUGUAUAAGUCUUAGUCCAAGUUGUUAUCAGUUCCAAUGGCCUGCUACUUACAACCGCCCCACUCUGACUGUACAUUAUGCCCCAGAUCAAAGCCACUCAUCUAUUUCUUAUUAACACUGUAGACUGAUAAGAAAAAUAUUAAUGGUGACAUGGUAUAUUCCCUUUUCUAGUCCUCUCAUAAGAGAUAUCUGUUUCUGUGUGUGUGUUCUCAUGUUAAAACAGCAUAUCCACAUUUACCUCAUGUUGAAAUGGCUGCCAGUCGCAAACUGGAACUCGUUGUCGUUGCAUCUGUUUUGUAUCCAGGUUUUAGACAGUAUAGGAUGAACGUGAUGUAUCCAGGUUUUAGACAGUAUAGGAUGAACGUGAUGUAUCCAGGUUUUAGACGGUAUACAGUGGGAUAGAAGUGGGGUACUGUAGUAGUUGGAUAAUGUAAUGGACAGAUUAGGGUAAUGGGGAUAUGAUAGGGCAAUAGGAUGACACUUUGCCUUCCAUGCUUGGAGAAUGGCGAGUUCACUGUGUUGACAUUUCAUAGUAACAUGUUUGUAGAGCAUUAGGCAAUAUAAUACGCCACCUGCCUGACUCACACUGGAGAGCAAUGUGUCCUUGACCGUUUACAUAUUCUUUGUGUAUAUAUAUUAUUUAUUUGUUAUUUUAGUUUUAAUUUAUAUAUCACUGACCAGUUUAACUUAUUUGUGUGGGAUCACUGACCAGUUUAAUUUAUUUGUGUGGGAUCACUGACCAGUUUAACUUAUUUAUGUGGGAUCACUGACCAGUUUAAUUUAUUUGUGUGGGAUCACUGACCAGUUUAAUUUAUUUAUGUGGGAUCACUGACCAGUUUUGUCGCAUGGCACUUUAUUGUUGCAUUAUAUUCUCUUGAGUUGAUGCCUGUCCCAUUCACUCAGUUGUUUUUAACCAAAGCAGUCCAAUCUAUUUAAAAUAGUGAAGAUAUCCACUGUCAUGUAGACUUGAAAAAAUGGCUCCUAGGUUUUAGUGAGAUAUUAAUGUAAUAUCUACGAUUCUGCUAUUGGCCCUGAAUGUCUGUUUAUAAGUUAAAUAUUCCACGUGGAUAUACUAAGAAUGGCUCCUCUCCAGCAAGAGGAUGUUUAUUGCCUUCUAUGCUGGUGGGUUACUUUGCCUUCUAUGGUGGUGGGUUGCUUUGCCUUCCAUGGUGGUGGGUUACUUUGCCUUCUAUGGUGGUGGGUUGCUUUGCCUUCUAUGGUGGUGGGUUGCAGUACAUUGAAUAAUUUAAAAGAACCCUGUGAUUAUACUCAAUUGAUAAGUUAGUGGGAUAUUUUUGACCUUUUUUCCACCAGUCGAGUUGUCUGAAAGUGCAUCGCUAUGCACCAGGUAGUGCCUCCCUUUCUCCACUUCGCUCUCUCUCUUUCCUGUUUUUCAUCAAAUCCACACUUUAGUAUCGUUGACGUCCACCACAUUAGCUCAAUGUUACAUGUAUCGAAGCAAGCUUUUAUUUACUCUGAUGCUAUGAACAUAAUAUUGAUGCCGUGUGUCCAUGUGAUUCUAUCCAUUUGGACUAAUAUGUGUACAGUCUAUAGGCUACACUAGCUUCUUGUGUAAAGUAGCAGCUAACCUCCUCUGCUUUGCUUUUGUAUGGCUGUUUUACAGCCUGAUGCUUGUGUCAGAAACCUAUACAGUAUGAACCUGUAGAUGUUAUGAAGUCGCCAUCCUGGGGACUUUGGCUGUGGUUUAUUGUCGCUGUGACCAUUCCUUCACACCCAGAUGACCACAAACUGCUAUCUGAAACGAGAGUAGUCCAAAGUGAAUCAAGGUGGCACUGCCGACCGAAGCAAAGUGACUCUUCAGUGCCACCUUGGUCGAGCAGCCGUAGGAGAUGGACCAUUUCAAACUGAAGUUGCCGGUUGUCUCAUAGUCUGAGUGUUCUAUGUUUUCGUACGUCCUUUUGCUUUAUUGAAAACCAAGCAUUAGUGUUGUGUUUACAGCAACAUCAUGUGUGAGUGCAGCAGACCAGCCAUGGCCAGACAGCCAAUUGGAUCAUGUCCUACGGUUGUUCCUUGUUUGUAUGGCGAGGUUUGUGUUUUUGGUCAAAACACAAUUCUCCCAUCUAACACAUAGUGUUGGGUUUUUAUGCAUGCCUCAGGCCUGUCAACCUACAGAGCAUGCUCAGAUAGCCACAGCAAGGGAGCAACAUGCAAAACAUGGUGUACUCACACAUGAUGUUCCUCAAAUAAUAUUAAUAAGCGCUUAUAUCCUCAAUUAUGAACAUAUCUUCUUAUAUCCUUCCUACAAGGAGUAUAUUGCGUAUAUAAUGCAGUGCAAUAAUUGAGAGUUGAUUGGUUUCAGUGGAAAAUCACACGGUUCUUUGUUUUCUGUUUCUAGAAUGCUGAAACUUAAAUACAACCUAUUACAAGAUACACACUAUGAACUAAUUAAAUUUACAACCUAUCUCUGGGUUUCAUAUUGUGGAUCUGUUUAUUAUUUGUAUUUUUUACAUUUUAGUUAUUUAGCAGACACUCGUUUCCUGAGCGACUUACAUGAGCAAUUAAGGUUAAGUGCCUUGCUCCAGAUCACAUCUAUAGAUGUUUUUUUCUCACCUUGUUGGCUCGGGAUUCAAACCAGCAAUCUUUUGGUUACUGGCCCAACGCUCUUAACUACUAGGCUACCUGCCGACCCGGUUGUGGUCAUCUUGGUGUGUGUCGUAUGCAAUUUUUUUAAACUUUGGUGUACACUGGUAUGCUAUUUUGCCUACUCGACCAAUGGAAGAAAAGAAAGCUUUAUUUAUGAAUUCUUGUUUCUAUUUGGAGGUGGAUUACGUGAGUAAGGAAUAUUAGGGCUAUUGAAUUGUCAUCCAAGUAUAAUUUAUUGUACUUAUAACAUCAUAAUUUAUCAUAUUAAAAAUGUACUAUUGUCGCUUUAGCGUUUACUAACUCUUAACUCUACUUCUUAAAACUAGGAUACUUCUUAAAACUAGGAUACUUCUUAAAACCAGGGUACUUCUUUAAACUAAGAUGCUCCUUAAAACUAAGAUGCUCCUUAAAACUAGGAUGCUUCUUAAAACUAGGGCACUUCUUAACGCUAGGAUACUUCUUAAAACUAGGGUUCUUCUUACAGCUAGGAUAUAUGAAGUUCCAUCCUCAAAGAAGAAGUUAAAACGAUGCAUUUGAAGUUCCGUGAGCCGGCUAUAUAUACAAAUACAGAUCGAUUCUGUUACUGCUUUGACAGCUUUUUUAUGUAGCAUUACAUUUCCCGGAUCCAAGCAUGUGGAUCUGCUUCUUCACCCUGCUCUCUCUUUCCCUCACUGCUUGCUAAUGACGCCCUAUCCCCCUCAGUGCAGCUUUGUAUAGAAACAGCCCCGUAUACUAAACGCCCGCCUAAAUGACUCUGCAUUGAACUUGACAUUUGAUUGGCUCUUGUCUUGUCAAUAAUGAACCUGAUUGGCUGUGGUGGGUCCGAUCGCACAAAUGUAACCCCCGUUCCAUAAUAACUGGCCUGUGAUGUCAUCUCAGUGCUCACGUUAUCUUUUGAGUGUUGGAAUUCUAGUGUCUUCUAAUGUUUGUGGACACGUAAACAAUUUGUCAGAAUAAAGUGAAAUAAAUGUGGAACUUAUGCAACA